AAUACUUCAUAGCGGGUGUACUUCUUUCUUGCAUUUAGGAUCUGAUAAGACAAAUCCCAAUUCAAGAUUGGCUGCACUGUUCGUCAGAAAUGUCAGAAAUCAUUUGAGCGGUAAGAUGUCCAAAGAUAGAUCAACUAAUCAUCAGUCAUCAAGCAAUUCUGAUGAGGAGGGACUGGAUGAGGCUAGCGGUUCCAGCUAUGUUAAUAUUCAUGGCAGACCCUUGAAUGCGAUUGAAAAUGAAGUAGGGGAUAUUUAUAUUCCGCUCAAAGAGCUUGAAUCCACUGGUUUUACAAUUUUCCACCGUGAUGACUUCCAACCCUCGUGUGAUAAGAACAAAAUUGGCAUUGAUUUCCACCUGUACAUGUUGAGAAAGGCACGCGAGUAUAUACUCAAUAAUAAGGCAGACAUUGAUCUUGAUUAUGCACUGGACACUAUUGAAAAAUGUAAGGAACAAGUCUUGGAAACAGUAGUACCAAGUCAAAAUCAGGUGAAGGACAAGCCCCCAGGCGGAGUUCCUAAUGACAUAAAGAAUGUCAACAACCAGCAGCAAGAUGAGCCAUCCAAAACGUCCGCAGACCUUGGCUAUAACAAUUCACUCCUCUAUCCAAGACUUCAAAAGCAACCAAAUGCAGGUUUAGUACAGUACCCACCGUCAACAGAAAGCCCGAUAAGCGAUGGUGUCGAAUUAAUCAAAAAGAACUUGGGCGAGUCAUCUUCUUUCAAUGAUGGCAAGUACUUCAUUCAUUUGUUCAUGAAGCAGGUUGAACUGGAACCACUUCAGCUUCAAAAGGUGAAAAUUGUCUCUAUUGAGAAAAAAGGUAGAGGUGCAUGGGGAGUACUUGUUAGUAAUACCCACAUUGCACAAAAGCUUUAUUUCGAUUUGAACGAGCAGUUUGAUAGAAUGCCCGUAAUUGAGAAACCCACCUCAGGGACCGUGGCCAUGGCCCUAUUUAAGGAUGUUUGGUGGAGAGUGUUGGUCAUCAAUGCCAAACCACUCUACGUGCAGCUUGUUGACCGCGGUGUCACAUACUGCGUCACGUGUGUGAGGAAGUUACCGAGGAGUUGUGAAUCUAUACCAGCUCAAGCCAUGAGACUUGUUUCACCAGACGUUGGUGACAACGAAUGGGUCCUUGGCCAGAUCGUAACAGUUAUCGCCAGGAAACGAUAUGAAAAUGGUACUUACUUAGUAUCAAUACAAUCAUCACAAUCAAAAGAGAAGGAUGAUGUUAAGGUUAUUAAAGACAACAAAGUAAUGCCGCCAAUAGGAGGUGCUCAGGUGGAGAACACUCCUAAAAUGGAUAAUCCUAAGAGUCCAACCGAUUUUUCUGCUGGAACGGAGGUCCAACUUCUUCAAUAUAAAGCAAAUGACUUAUUCAUGAGAACUAAAGAAGACGCAGAAAAAUUUAAAAAUAUUUUUGAUCACAUUCAGGCUAAUAGCACAGAUGAUUUAUAUGAUACCCCUUCUCUCGACUUCCAAGUUGGCCAAAUGGUGAUGGCACAGAGGGACGCGUCUUCUCCAUUGAUACUAGGUGAAAUUACAAAAAUUCUGGACACCACAGUUCACGUCAAAUUUAUCGAUGUAAUUGGAGAAGCCGAUGUUUCCAAAAUAUUCGUGAAGAACGUGGAUAAAUUCCUGACCAAGCAGGACGUCACGCUUAUUAAAAUGGAGCUGAAGAACCUCGACAAAUAUUUGCAGGACAAAGAAGUCGUGAAAUUCUUGGACAAAUUAGUUUUGGAAAAAGAAAAUUUCUUUGUCACAUUGGACGAUGGUUUCGGCUUGUUUAUGAAGGAUGGUAAAACGUUGUCGGAUGUUUUGGAAAUGAUGUUCAAUGAUAACUUGAAAAAAGCGACUGGUGAUAAAGUUCCGGAGCAAUUGCCACGUAUUAUGUACGACAAGAUGAAGUCUGUACAGCUGCAGUUGGGCGAAAAUGAGUAUAUCUGCUACUCAUACAUAGCUCCAAAACAGAUUACGCUUUUGUCUUUGGGAGACCAGGAAGUCGAAUGGCUGAAUAUUGUAGGCAAUAUAAAAGUCACUGAUUCUGAGCCUUACAAACCGACGGAAGGAGAAAUGUGUUUAGCUCUUUAUAAAGAUCCAAAUAAUGUUGAAGUUUCAUGGUGCCGUGGAGUGGUUAUGGGAGGGGGUAAGCACAGGUAUCACAUCUUGUUUGUUGAUUUUGGUAAUUUUGCUAAGGUUGCCGCAAAUAAUAUUCGAAGAUUUCCCAGUUAUCUUCAAGAAAUUCCAAUUCUUGGUGUAUUUUGUGAAAUACAAGAUGUUCCAAACAAUCCUGCAAUUUCCUGCAGACUUAAACAAUUGCUUGCCGACAGCAAGAGAAUCAUUGUUGAUGUAAAAGAAUUGGGUAAAUUCAAAGCACAAAUUGUAAUUCCAGGUGUAAUGGAGGAGCUGAAUAAUGAAGCACUUUAGUUAGUUAGUUAGUUUUUACAUUGCUCUUUGUCCGGAGGUUGUAAGGCAAAUGUAUUAUUUUGAUUGACGGAUUCGUUCAUUCAAUGUUCUGUGAUUGGUUUAUGACUAUAAUUUUACUUUAUCUCCAUCAAGAAGUGCAUUUGCUGCUGCUUAAAUUACUUCGUUACAAAAUAUAUAUUAAAAUAUAUAUUUUAUAAA